UUGUCACAGUUGUUCAACCUUUUUAGAGCUUUUGGAUGUUUCUGCGACUCCUGAGAGCCGGGGAUGAUAUGAGAGAAGAUGGGGGAUUGGAACCUGUUGGGCAGCAUCUUAGAAGAAGUUCACAUCCAUUCCACCAUUGUGGGGAAGAUCUGGCUCACCAUCCUGUUUAUUUUCCGGAUGCUUGUGCUCGGCGUUGCAGCCGAAGACGUCUGGGACGAUGAGCAGAGUGAGUUUGUCUGCAACACGGAGCAGCCUGGCUGCAAGAACGUCUGCUACGACCAGGCUUUCCCCAUCUCACUCAUACGUUACUGGGUCCUGCAGAUCAUCUUCGUGUCCUCGCCCUCACUGGUCUACAUGGGCCAUGCCUUGUACCGCCUGAGGACUCUCGACAAAGAGAGACACAAGAAGAAAGCUUAUCUGAAAUCCGAGCUGGAGGGAGCUGACCCCGACCAGGAGGACCACAAAAGGAUCGAGCGAGAACUUAGGAAGCUGGACGAGCAGAAGAAAGUAAGAAAAGCCCCUCUCAGAGGCUCUCUGCUGCGUACCUAUGUUUUCCACAUCCUGACCAGGUCUGUGGUGGAGGUGGGCUUCAUCACGGGUCAGUGUGCCCUGUAUGGCGUCAGGCUGUCCCCUCUGUACAAGUGUGAGCGGUCGCCCUGUCCCAACAGCGUGGACUGCUUUGUGUCACGACCAACAGAGAAGAACAUUUUCAUGGUGUUCAUGCUCGUCGUCGCUGGAGUUUCUCUGUUCCUCAACCUUCUGGAGAUUUUCCAUCUGGGAGUAAAGAAGAUCAAACAGAGCCUGUAUGGGUACAAGUACGGAGACGAUGACAGCGUGUGCAGGUCAAAGAAGAACUCCGUGGUGCAGCAGGUUGGUCUGCUCAGCAACUCUCCACAGAGGCUGAUGCAGCUCACCCAGGUCUCCUGUCCUGCUGCGGCAGAGCCACACAAGCUGGUCCUGGGGGAGGUCCUGCCCUACAACCUGGCACCAAGGUCUUCUCAGAACCUGGAGGGCUUGACCAGCUCGAGCCAGCCGCCCACUCAGAUGUACCGGCCAAGCCUCACUGACACCCACGGCGUGCAGCAGCUGGGGGCCGUUGAGCAGCGUCACUCUCUGGACAACAGGAAGCCGUCCUGCAGCAGUGACGAUUCAAACGGACGUCAGGGUUCAAUCAAGCCACGCUUUUCAAAUCCUCGAGAAACGUUGGUGGGCAGUCACAUGGAGAUCCCCGCAGCCCUGAAGAACCAGCAGAGGAAGCUGAGCAAAGUGAGUGUUUACAAAGAGCUCAGCGACAUGAGUGACUCCCCAGAGAGCGAUCACCCCCCUACCGCCAGGAAGUGCAGUUUCAUGUCCCGAGGACUGUCCGAGGCCCAGCUGGCCAGCCCGUCUGACAGCGGCGCCUCUCAGAGCGGAACUGACUCUGAAACCCAGCACCUCAACCAAGGGGAGAGCCCGGUCAUGACCCCACCUCCUCCAGCGGGUGGGAGGAGGAUGUCCAUGAGCAUGAUUCUGGAGUUGUCUUCAAUCAUGAAGAAGUAAACUGUUUCAGCGCUGGACCUGGUUCUGGUUCUGGUUCUGCCUGACACCAGCAAGGACUUCGUCAUCACCCCCGAACCCCCUGGACACGGCUCACGUUCACAUGUUCGUGUCAGAGCCGUUUACUAAUGAGACCACACAACAGAAUGCUGCAGCAGUACCCAGGACAGGUGCACGGCUGCCUGCCAGACGGUCCCGUGGUCGUCAUCUCGCCACCAGCACCCGUCUUCCUCCACGUUCAACGACUUUAACCAAACUGUGAGACAAUUUGCCAAAAAUCUAGACUGAUUAAAUAGAACUUGAGCAGUUUUCUAGAUUAAAAUGACAAAGUUUUCUUAUGGCGGCGCGAAUGGUAUCUCUGUUGCCUCACGGCAAGAAGGUUGCAGGUUUGAAUCCAGGUUGUGGCUUUUCUGUAAGGAAUUAGCAUGUUGUCUCUCUCCAGGUUUUGUCCAGGUGCUCCAGCCUUCCUCCACAGACCUACGUAAUAACCAGUUUAACUUUAUGAUGUCAUUCAACAACAACCUAACAGUAAUAAAGAUGUAAAACUA